AUGCAAAACGAAAUGCCGAUUGACUUGACUUGGUUUGGAAAAGCGAUCGAGACAAGCCCUUCGGCUGUGGUAGAUUGGCUGUCUGUUUUGUUUUGUAAGAUGAUACAAGAUCAGAUCAAUCUGUCUUUCAAUGGCGUGGGAGACAACGAGAUAAAGAACAUUGCCAAGGGAUUUAAGAAGAAUAUUUACUGCUCAACCUUGAUUCUGAGCAACAAUUUCAUUCACGCCGACGGAUGUCAGAAAUUGAUGGAAGAGAUCUUAAGCAACAGUGCUUCGUCUGUGGAAGCUCUCGACCUGCGCAACAACUGCAUUGGACCGGGCGGCGCAAAGGCCGUGGCAAGGUGGAUCAAACAGCACAAGGACCUCAAAGAAGUGUAUCUUUCUUGGAACAGCAUCGGAAAUGAGGGAUUGUAUUACAUCGUACAAGCUCUUGGAUCCAAGCACAGGGAUGCGCUCAUUGAUGUGAGUUACGGGGGAUACGAUAGAAAUGAAAAGUGUCAAGACGAAGGUGACGAGACAGACUGGGACGAAAUGGAUGAAAAAUUGAAGAAGAUGGGGAUCAAGACAAAGGACUUUGGGUUUCCGCCUCGCGGGCUGAUCGGAUAUCCUGAGGCGUGA